CCAUUCCUGUUUACAUUCAUUUCCCUUACCAAUUUCCUUUCUCUCUCUCUCUCUCUCUCUCUUCCCACCUGCCAACUCCUUUUUUAUUUUUCUUCCUGUCCAAGCACGCCUAUAAAUAGUAUUUUGAUCUGGGUACUCGAGAAGAGCGCGAUUCAGAGAUGGCGGUUGAUCUUCAAUCUUUAUCAGAGGCCACUUCUGGCGCCGUAGGAGCACUGCUGAGCACCACCAUCUUGUACCCGCUUGACACCUGCAAGACCAAGUACCAAGCUGAGGUCAAAGCCCACGGCCAGCAAAAAUACAGGAACCUCUCAGAUGUAUUAUGGGAAGCCAUCUCUACCCGUCAAAUUGUUUCUCUGUAUCAGGGUUUAGGGACAAAGAACCUGCAAUCUUUCAUUGCACAGUUUGUCUACUUCUAUGGGUAUAGCUGCUUCAAAAGACUAUAUUUGGAAAGAAGUGGCUUCAAUUCCAUUGGAACAAAAGCAAACUUGAUUCUUGCAGCAGCUGCUGGGGCCUGUACUGCUAUUGUGACUCAGCCCCUGGAUACAGCCUCCUCGAGGAUGCAGACAAGUGCUUUUGGGAAAUCAAAAGGGCUUUGGCAAACCCUUACAGCUGGAACUUGGAGUGAAGCAUUUGAUGGUCUUGGAAUCUCUCUUCUUUUGACCACAAACCCUGCAAUUCAGUAUACAGUAUUUGAUCAGCUGAAGCAAAGACACCUGAAGAGGAAUCAGAACAUAACAGAGAAGGGCUCAUCCCCGGAAGCCCUUUCUGCCCUCUCAGCUUUCAUGUUGGGUGCAAUUUCAAAGAGUAUUGCCACUUUUUUGACAUAUCCAGCAAUCAGGUGUAAGGUCAUGAUUCAAGCAGCAGACACAAAUGAUGAUGAAGCCAAGAAAGCUCCACAGAAAUCCCACAAAACAGUACAUGGUGUUCUUUAUGCUAUUUGGAAGAGAGAAGGGGUGCCAGGGUUCUUUAAGGGUUUGCAAGCUCAGAUCCUGAAAACUGUACUAAGCUCAGCAUUGCUUUUGAUGAUCAAGGAGAAAAUUGCAGCAGGCACUUGGGUACUAAUACUUGCAGCUAGAAAGUAUCUAUUGCUCACAGGGAGUAGACUGAAGAGUGCUCAGAAGCCAUAGCAUCAAUGGUGGUACACAUGAUCGGCUGUAGAUAAUUUGGUUUCAUAUGAUGUUGCCAAACAGGAGGAUAAUUAUAGAGCCCAGGUUCAAUUGCUUUCGUUGAAAUUCGAUUGCAGGAACAAGGGAAUAUUUUUCUCAAGAAGAAUAAUUAUGGAUUAGGCUAUUGUUAGACAUUAAAAACAGGUGAUUCUCGUAUAGCUUGAUCAGAAAGUUCAUUAGUAGAGUAAUAAACACGCAGCAGGGUAUGUUGUUGUGUGCUAAGGCACUGACUUAAGAAAACAAAGAACUACUUGCAUGAUGAUUUAUGCUAUGAAUCAUCCUAUGGACAAUUCAUUUUCUUUCUACCA